AAGAAGCCUUCUGGGCCAUCAUCUCGUUCAUGCUCGGCGUUGUCGUCACACAGCCUCUCUACACGAGCACCUCGGACGUCUAGGCCGCAAAAUCCCGUUCUAUGCCUCGUUCCUCCUCUUCAUCGCUAGCUCCGUCGUCUUCUCGGCCGCCCAGAGGACCCAGGAUGCUCUUCACGACUGGCGCCACGGCUUUUGUGCUGCCCGUAUGCUGGGCGGGGGCCAUGUAUCCCUGGAGCGAUUGGAGGAUUCUGCUUCCUUUGCUCAUCAGAGUCGUCGUCUUCAGCUGCUUGACGACCGUCAAGGUCUCCACUCAGGUCAUUGUGGGAAUCGGUAUCGGUUCGUUAUAUUGCGUCCUCGUGCUCCCUAUCCAGGCUAGCGCACCAAUCGUAGACGACACGGGCCUUGUCGUCGGCCUAUUGGUGUCGUAUCGGCUCUUUGGCACCUUGAUCAGCCUUGCGGUCGGGUCUACCGUCUUCAGCAGCAGCAUCUGGGAAGAGUCUAUCGCAGACCUGGGCCCAUUGCCCAAUGCCAUGGAGGGUUUCAAGAGCGGAAAACGGCCAUCGAGUUGAUUCCAUAUCUUCGGCCGCUGGAGCUGCCAUCCGAUAUCGUUGCACUGCUCGUUGACGUGUACACCAAGUCGUUGCGGUCCAUCUGGUACGUUCUUGGUGGGUUCUCGGUUUUUGGGCUAGCCAAGUCGCUCUUCACAACGGAAAUUACGCUAUACAAGGCUGACAUGGGCAGACAUGGGCAGACAAAGGCUCGAGGAAUCGUCGUAGCAAGCUUGAUAGCGUAGCGUUCUGCUGCACUCCGGGUUGGGGAUUACAGAACUAAUCAGCCUUAGGA